CGUAAUCGUGACGUAACUGCACCCGAUUGGUUAGAUUCCUUUAGGAGGCGGUGCAUAAUGUUGCACAACCCGGAAAUACAGUUUGUUUUCGUCUAGGAGAGGACUGGAAUCGUCUUUGAAAAGAAAAGAAAUGGCAGGUUUGGAAAGCGAGGACAACCCAAAAAGUUCUAGUCCAGAAUCUGAUGUCGACCCGCAGACCCCGGUAUUGCGCAUCAGCCAGCUGGAUGCCCUCGAGCUGGACUCAGCCCUAGAGCAGCUGGUAUGGACCCAGUUCUCCCAGUGCUUCCACAACUGCCGUCCGGGCCUGCUCACCCCGCUGGAGCCUGAACUGAGAGCUCUGCUCCAUUUGCUCCUGUGGAGGUUCACACUUUAUUCUAACAGUGCCACCGUGGGCCAGUCUUUACUGAGCCUACGCUACCACAACAGCCUCUCCUCGUCUCGCCGCUACAGGCUUCUGUCUCGCAGGCAGAAGCUGGGUCUGGCCCUGCUCACCGCCGGUCCGCGCUGGCUCCAAGAGCGCUCCCACAGCCUGCUGCGGUUCUUGAGUUCAGGAGGGCUUUCUGUGUCUGAAAGAGACGGCGGUUUACUCCAACAGGGUCUCCGCAAUUGCCUGACCCUUGUUUCUAGUAUCACACAGCUCGCAAGUCUCAUCAACUUCCUCGUGUUCCUGAGAAAAGGUCGCCAUCCUGUCCUGGCUGAAAGGAUCGUGGGAGCUCGGGCGGUUUUCAGCAAGCCCAACGUGGUCCGGGACGUAACCUACCAGUACAUGAACCGCGAGCUGCUUUGGCACGGCUUCGCCGAGUUCUUCAUCUUCUUGUUGCCGCUGAUCAAUACGAGGAAACUGAAGGCGGCGGUGUUUUCGAUUGUUUCGGGGGGAGAAAGCGCCGACGGGGAGGGAGCGACGGAAGGGCAAGGGGCGUGGAAAGAGUGCGGGCUGUGCGGUGAGUGGCCGACCAUGCCUCACACCGCGGGCUGCCGGCACGUGUUCUGCUACUACUGCAUCAAAAGCCACAGCAUCGCGGACGCUUACCUCACCUGCCCCAGAUGUGGCGCAGAAGCAGGGCAGCCGGAGCCAGUCAAGAUGGAGGUGGAGAUGAUUGGCAGUUGAAGAAGCUGUCGGAGACGGAGUUUAUUUUGUAAUUGCAGAGGGACUUUUUUGAAAUUAAAAUAGUGGUUCAUCUUUUAUAGCUGCACAAAAUGGAAUACAUGACUAAUUUUGUAUGAUUAUGUAAAUGCAUCUUGAAGUUUACCACAUUUUGAUGAAAAUGUAUUGAAUAAUUCAACUUUAUCAUGUACGGAUAUUUUGUAAAACAUGAAAAAAAAGGGAGUUUAAUAAUCCCUGUUCUGUGAGCAGCCCUCCUUUUUUGACAGAUUCACGCGGUAGUCUGUGUAGGGUAUGAGUUUAUGACUGGACUUGAGUCCAUAUGAUGUCUGUGUCUUUCCUGAACACACAUAAGACCUGCUAUGUUUAAUAUAUGUGCGCAUAUAUUGACAAUCCUCUGCCCCCUUUCCAUUUCUCCAGCUGGACUUUGGACAGAACUAUUUGUCUUUGGUGCACUGGACAGACUACAGAGAACCACGGCAUAUAUUUGAUGAGCAAACGUGUUGAUUUAUGCUCCAAAUUGGCUGUGUGUUCGCACGUGUAUGUAUGUGUGUAUGUAUGUGUGUGUGUGUGUGUUUGUUGAAAUGGGAAUAUUUGUUCUGAUGAAAAAUGCAGAAAGUCAGCUGAAUAAAUAAUGGGAGGAAUUUCUGAUGCCUCUCAUCAUGGUCCAAAUUAGCAUUUGUUGUGUAUUUUGUGCCUAAAUUGUAUUUCAACAUCAUUAAAAUUGAUAGAGUGCUA